AUAAAAUAACUGGUGUAUUUUAAAUUUUAGCAAUCAGCUCAGGAAAGUCGUAAACGGAAGAAAGAAUAUGUGGAUGGCUUAGAAACAAGGGUGAAACUGUGUACAUCUGAAAACAUCAAACUACAGAAAAAAGUUCAAACAUUAGAGAAGCAACAAAGGUCUUUAUUGGAGCAGAUAAAAAAUUUACAGUCUAUAAUAACAAAUUCAAGUGGAAAAUCUGUUCACACUAGCACAUGUCUUAUGGUUCUUCUUGUAUCUUUUGCUUUGUUCCUUUUACCAAGUCUUUUCCCAAGCUCAUUGCAGUCUAAAGUUCUUAUGCCUGGUAAAAAUGGAGUACCACCUGUUGCUGGUCGCUCUCGAGUUUUGCUGUCUUCUAAAGAUAAUGUAGAUUCAAGUCCUCUGACUCGAAAAAUGAGUGAUGAAAAUGUUUCCAGCAAUUAUAAAGAAUAUGCUCCUCAGAUGAAAGCAGAUUAUUUCCAGGAAUCUUACCCUGAUAUGCUAAAAGUUUUUGAUGAUGUUCCUCCUAUAAAAGUUGGAAAAUAUGGGGAUAUUCCUGAAUAUGGUUUGCACAAUCCUGGUCUUAAUGCAGAUACUUCUGGCUCCGCUCUGCAGAAUGAAAGCCGAUUUGUAGAAAUUGGUGGUGCUCCAGAUUCUAAUAAAAAUGUUGUUUUAAAAUUGAAAUAAUAUUUUACUAUUUUUGAAAAGGUUAUUGGUAAUGUGAGUAUUUGGGAAGUGAGAAAUGUGUUAUUGUUUAAAGAUUACAUAAUUACUGAAAAUCACAGUAAUUUUGCUGUGGAUAUGAAUUUAUUGUUAUUAUGUUAUAAAUUGUGUAGAGUCCCAGGGAUAUUACUAAAUAUGCCUUGAUUUUACUGGAAAGUAUGCACUAAUAAUUGUGCAUUGCCUACUUCAUGAUAAUAAAGGUUUCCUUUGUAUGAUUAUUAAUGUUGUUAAAAAUAUGCAUAUAUAUGGAAUUUUAGUAUAAAUUGAAGUUGGUUGAAUUGCAAUAUUAGAUAUCUAACUGCAUUUUGCUGAGCAAAUAGUAUAUGAUUGCAAUUGAAAUAAGUGCUGUAUUUUUCUUAACAAAGAAAUAAUUCAAUUCAUUUAAAAAAAAAAAAAAAGUCCGGUGAUGUUUUCAUUUGAUAUUGACAAUAAAACUGAAAAAAUAUUUUUCAGACAUUUUUAAUUAAACUCUUAAUUGGACAAUAAAUGCUCAAACUUUUUAUAUUGUGUGUGAGGAAGGCUUCCCCUACUAAGUAGUAAAAUGAAGGAUGUGAACUCUCAGCAUUCUAUAUUUAAGAUAAGUAAAUGAAGAAAAGAGUGUUGUCAUCUCUUGGUAAGUAUCAAAAUUCUGGAGUAUAUUAAACAACAUAUUUUGAUCAAUCAAAAUAUUACAGUCUUCUACCAAAAACAAUAUCAAGUCUUCUGUCACUUUUUGCUUUUACUAAGACAUGGAUGAUAUGAGAUUUUGGUUGGUAUUUGGUGCAUUUUGAAACCUGAAACUUUGAUGUUAGCUGUAAAUCAUUCAAUUAAGUGCUUGAGGUGAUGUUUCGUAAAUGCACUUCCCCAUCUCAGACCACAAAUGCUUGAAUAGAUUUAAGAUUUACGUCGUGAAAAGUUGGAUUUCUUUCAAAAAAUGCAGCAACCUUAGAGAAGUAUACGUAAUUACUAGUUCUCAUCUAGUAAGUAUUAUUAUUGAUUUGUGAGUCUGAGAGUUUCCCAGGAACGUUGCACAAAACUCCAUUUUUUGUUCAUGUGCCUAUUUUUUUUCCACAGUCUGACACAUG